AUACUCUUUAAUCUGUGUUUGUUUGUAGCCUGCCUGAAUUUUUAUGAGGUUGGAGAUUAUUCUCGACUGAUACCGUUUCUAAUUUUUGCAAUUCUGGCUCUUGAAAUCUAAACAAGUAUGUUCAUAGACAGUGUUACUCCAAGUUCUUGGAAAUCAAACUUGAUUGAGUGAUCAGGUUGAAAUUUUGCUGUGUUCAAGUUUUGAUUAAAUGGAUAUAUUGGUCAUUUGUUUGUGUUCUUAGCAUGCCUGUUUAUUUAUGAGUAGAGUCAAAGGUAGAUAGUAUUGUUCAUUAUAUGCUUUGAUGAAUUGUAUAUUAAGAUCUUCAUUGGAAAAAAAAAGAGAAUAGUUAUGUAACAUCUUCAAACUUCGCCCCCAAAGAGUACAUUUUGCAUAAGUUGUUCUUUUUCUAUGAAUUUGGACUAUAUGCCUUAAAAGUUAUUAUGAAUGAGUAAUUUGUUGCAUGCAAAGAUAAGAUUAAAAAAAGAAGUAAUUUGUUUCUGCCUGUGUUUUUUUAGUUAUAAAAGGACUUUCUUUCUUUUUCAGAAUAUCAUUUAUGAACAUUAGUGUUCUAUAAUUCUAUUCCAUUUCACUGAAAGUGUAGAAUCUGUCUAGCUUCAAAAUAUAUGAUAAAAUAAAAGAGAAUGAUGGGAAAUAGGGGGAGGAAAAUGGCUUUGCCUUAUUUCCAACGAAGUUAUUUUUUCCUUAAAAAGAAAAAAAUAUCAGGAAAAAAUUAAAAUAAUUUUUAGUUGAAGCUUAUCAAAAAAGAAUUUUCCAUUUUUUUGCCUCUCAUUUUGCCUUCCAUGGAGUUUAUCAUUUUGGCCAUGAUUUAUAAGGAAUUUUUUAGUUCUCAAACCAACUUUAACUUUUCUGGCUAGUAAGAUGAGAUAGGCAACCAAAUCAAGCAUUAGAAUAAAUUACUGGUGAAGUUGGGAUGUCGUGUGAGGAGCUUCUAUUAAUUUGUUGGACGGAAUGUAAAGUUGGGAUGUCAGUUAGGAGCCAUUGUAUUUCUUGUAUUCACUUGAUGGAUGGAAUGUGGAGCUAAAUCAUCUAUUCUAGAAUUGAAUUAAUGGAGUUGUAAUAUUUGGAUAUCGUGCAUAAAAAGAGAUAAAUUGUCUCCUCGGAUGAGUCUAGUGGUUAGCGCAUAAGGUGUUGUCACCAUGAGGUUUGAGGUUUGAAUUUCGACAAAGUUAAAGUAAAUGUUUCUUUUAGGUGCUAGUUACUAUUCUAAAGGCUAGUAGUUGUCCGUGAUUUAUCUCUUCCGUAUUGGUCUUGAGAUGAGUUGACGGGGGUGUUGGGGACUCAUCUAAUAAAUUAAUGUAAUUAUGGUAUGAGUUUAAAUUUUCAUUACUCCUACACGAAUAUCAAUAGGAUAUAUAUACUAUUUUUUUUUGUUAUUUUUCAUAAAAAAUAUUGGUUUUGUAAAAUAAUUGAUUUUAUUUUUAUUGUUGUCAAAUUAAAUUGAACUUAUUAAUUCAUGAGCCAUUUAACACAGUCUGGAUCCUUUGGACCGUUUUUUACGGUCCAGGGGAUGAUCCCUUGAUGUGGAUUGGUGAAAUGAAUUAUUCUCGUUCAUAAAAUAAGUAGGGAUCAUUCAUUUCACCAAUUCAUGCUAAGGGAUCAUUCCCUGGACCGCAAAACCCUCCAUUUAACAAACCAAACUAAAGAAAAUUUUAUAAUCCAUUUAUUCUAUAUUUCAUUUUUAGAAUUUAUUAAUUUCAUUUUAUGAAUUUAACACGUCGGGCUAAAUUAAAUAUUUUUGGAAAUUAUAAGAAAAAUCGAGAUAGAAUUAUUUGCUCUAGCUAAAUUUUAUCAAAGCACAAAAUUUACAAAAUAAAAAAAAGGGUUAAAAUAAAGGCGAAGCCCGACGGGCCGGAUGAACCGGGCCGAGCCGGACCGGCGAUACUAUAAAUGGGUCUUCUGAUUUGUACGGGAGCAAUACCUUAAUGGGUAAUUUCCACCUUCCCGAAGCGAGGUUACUGGAAACUCCUCCCGACGAAGACGACGGCGGGCGGCGGAGCAAAGGCCGCCCGCCCUUUUUAUUUUCUCUCUAGAAUGAAACCCUAAACCUUCAAUGCUAUUCCGGCGCAAUUCCCCAUAUCAACUGCGGAUCCCUCGCCGCUGCUCCACCAGUAAACGCCUGCUCUCGUCUCUGGCGGCGGCGGUUGUCGCCGAGGAGGAGGAACUCGUCUCCGCUUCUUCGGCCUCAGAUUCCCAGAGUUCUCUGAUAAAGUUCGUAUCUUUGUUCAAACCAGAGGCUGAAAGUAUCGCUCCGUGCCAAUUCGCCCGCGGGGGCUUCAGUCGACAUGGAGCUCCGAAGGAGAAGGAAACGGUCUCGUUCCCUGGAUUGCAUGAGAAUCGAAGGGUACGGAAGUUGGAGGUUUGCCACGCUUUGGCCAAAGAAGGGAGAUUGAAGGAGAUGCGAAACGCCAUGCGAGGGAUGGUGCAGGACGAAGGAGUUGGUUCGGCACCAUUAUUGAGUGAGCACCUGUGGACUCAUUUCAGACACUGGGAUUCCAGCAGCAUUGUUUGGGAUAUGUUGGCAGAUGUAUAUGCUAGAUCAGAAAUGAUGGACGACGCUCGUUUUGUCUUAAGCAAGAUGGCUAUCUUGGACAUGCAAGCUUCUGUGUCUACCUAUCACAGUUUAUUGCACAGUGCAAGGUAUACAAGCAUUGUUCUUGAUCUUUAUCGAGAAAUCAAAGCCAGUGGGAUUUCUUGCAGAGAGCAGACAAUUGAUCUCCUCAUAGACAGUCUCUGCAAACAAGGAAGAGUGCAAGAUGCAAUAUCGUUCUUCCAAGAGAUAAGAGAAGAGAAAUCAUAUUGCCCUCGUUUGAUCACCUUCAAUGCCCUCAUAUCUGGACUGUGUAAUUCUCGCUUUAUCAAGAUCGCAUGGUCUCUCCUCUCUCUUUCCUUUAAGUAUGGAUUUCUUCCCGAUGAAUAUAGUUUCAAUUCUCUUAUGCAUGGGUUAUGUCUAGCAGGAAAUGUGGAAGAAGCUUUGCAACUCUCUGAGUCCAUGCAAAAUGACGGCGUAGAGGUUGAUGUGGUUAUGUAUAAUAUUCUUAUAAAUGGGUGUCGUCGACUUGGAUCUAUGCGUGAGAUCUGGAUGCUCGUUAGAAUGAUGAUAAAACAGGGACUGCAGCCUGAUCCUGUUACUCAUACUAUUGUGAUAAGUGGUAUUUGUGAUGAAGGCGAUAUUGAUGAAGGACUAAGGAGGAUGGAUAUGCUUGCCCGAGGAUGCAGGCUGAAUAUUGUGACUUACAGUGUUCUCCUCAAUGCCCUUUGCAAAAAAGGGGACAUCGCUAAAGUUGAAGAGUUGCUUCAUGAGAUUAAAGAUAUCGGCCUCGAUAUGGAUCUAGUGGCAUAUUCCAUUCUCAUAAACGGGUAUUGCAAGUUGGGAGAAAUAGACAAGGCACUUCAGGUGUGCCGAUCUAUGAGCUCGAAGAGUGUGAUGCCAAAUUCUUUUUUUCAUGGAGCAAUUCUUUCAGGUAUGUGCAAGAAAGGUUUGAUGUCAGUAGCAAAGUGCUAUUUCGAGUACCUAGUUGCUACCGGUCAGAGAUUGAACGUUAUAUUAUAUAACAUUGUCAUUGAUGGCUUUGCUAAAGUUGGUGAUGUCGAAGAAGCUCUUGCAGUAUAUGAACAACUAAUUAGGUCAGCUAUAACUCCUACAAUUGUGACUUAUAAUUCCUUGAUUUAUGGCUUUUGUAAGAUCGGAAAGCCAACCGAGGCACAGAGAUUCUUGAGGGAAAUGGAUACGUAUGGACUGGUUCCUACAGCCAUAACAUACAAGACACUUAUUGAUGGAUUUUGUGAAAUUGGGGAUGCCGAUUCGAUGCAGAUGCUACUUGAGGAAAUGGAUAGGAAAUCAAUCAUGCUCGACAAAAUUACUUACAGUAUAGUUAUCAAGGCACUUUGUAAAAAGGGUAGAGUAAAAGAGGCUUUUGAUAAACUGAACGACAUGGUUCUUAGUGGAAUAGAUGCUGACUCAAUUGCCUACGGUACAAUUAUCCAAGGCUUUUAUCAGCAAAGGAACUCAGACAUGGCCUUCUACAUAUUUUAUAAAAUGUUAAAAGGCGGUAUCGCACCUACUCCUGCUACUUAUACCUUUCUCAUUGAUUGUCUUUGUUUAAAUCACCAAGUUGACAAAGCAGAGGAGUUCCUAUAUUAUCUUUUGCAUCAGGGUAUCAGAUUGAGGAAGUGUGCCUACACCACUGUCAUAAAAGCACAUUGUGCCAUGGCGAUCCCGGAUAAAGCCUUUGUGCUCUUUGAUAAACUGUUGAAGUCUGGACAUGAAGUUACAAUCAAUGACUUCAGUGCGGUGAUCAACCGAUUAUGCAAACGACAUUUUGUACAUGAGGCAAAGGGCUUCUUCAAUAAGAUGUUAGGUUUCGGCAUACAUCCAGAUCAGGAAGUGUGUGAUGUGAUCUACAAUGCCUUCCUCAGGACGAAAGAUUACAAGUCAUUGAUUACUUUCUGUGCCUUUUUGAUCAAAAGAGGAUUGGAGCCACAAUCAUAAAAGCACAUUGUUGAAGAUGGAUAUCUGGAUCUUAACUCUGCUCAAAAUUGUUCUACUCCACUUACAAAUCUACUUCAAAGAAAAGUUCAAGAUAUUCGAGUAUGUCCAACUCUCCUAUCGAAGAGAACCCUUAACGAACAUAGGGUGAUACAUCGCCUUCGCUGUAGUCGAUCACUUGAAACGGGAGGUUUGUAUGUGAUAUAUUAGCAACCUCAUUAUAAAUUUUAGAGAAGUCAAUUUUGUGAGUUUUUUUAAGUUGAUAUUAGAUAUUCAGUUUAAUUCGAUUCCAUAA